AUGGAUUUCUCGAAAGACGAGGCCGAAAAGUCUGCAGGACUGAAGGCGCUUUCGAGUUCUGACCAGUUUGAAACGGCACCCACAAAUGAGUCUAGACAAGGCGAGGUCAAGCCCAAGACCCAUUUUUCCCUGCUCGGUGCCAUCGGCAUCCAAUACUCCCUGACCUCAGCCCCCCUUGCCAUUGGUUUCUAUCUGUCCAUGGUUAUCGGUCUAGGGGGCUCACCAGCGUACUUCUGGGGUUUCAUCUUGAUGGGAUUCUUUCAGGUCUUUGUCUGUCUGGCUGUCUGUGAGCUGGCAUCUGCCAUCCCACAUUCUGCAGGUCCUGCGUAUUGGGUUAUCGCUCUCGCCGGUUCUAAGUACGAGCGCUCACUUGGUUAUGUGAUGGGCUGGCUCAGUAAUGCUGGAUGGUUCUUCAUCACCUCGGCAUCUGUUCUGUACCCGGCUCAACUGACUAUGAGCUUGGUGGAGGCCACGCAUCCGGAUUUUGUUGCCUACCCCUGGCAGACCUACCUCCUCUACGUCGCAUUUGCGCUCGUAUUCCUGACCCUCAACAUGCCAGUCAUCUUCAAGGCCCUGAAUUGGACUCUCAUCGUGGCCUGCUUCGCCAUAAACAUAACCGCGUUGUAUAUCCUUAUUGGCCUCCUGGUACGCGUUCAAACAAAGCAACCUGCUCACUUUGUCUUUCUUGACUACGUCAAUGAAUCUGGCUGGACCGAUGGCACGGUCUUCUUUGUCGCACUGCUGCCCUCCUAUGCCUGUUUGGCUAGUUUCGACAACGCAACUCACUUAACCGAUGAGAUGGAAAACCCAAGAAAGCAAGUGCCGCAGGUGAUUAUUGGGUCUUUUCUCAUGAGCUUCGUCACGGGUGUGGCCAUGAUCUUGGUCUACGAGUUUUGUAACGUCAACCCUACCAGCUUGCUAACGCCCCUCGGAGGUCAACCGCUUAUGCAACUCAUGGUCAACGGUUUUCGUUCCAACGGGAUGGCCAUCUUCGGAAUGGUUCUGAUUAUUCUUUGCGUUUCGGUUGCUGGUCUUGCAAGCCUGAUUAGCUGGUCUCGAUUGUAUUGGUCGUUCAGUUGCGAGGGCCUCCUGCCUUUCUCCUGCACUAUGUCAAAAUUAUCGUCUCGCGACAGCCUGCCGCUGAACGCUCUAUUUUUCAACACGCUCCUUACCCUUCUUAUUGGUCUCAUCAGCAUUGGCUCUUACACCGCUAUGAAUGCACUCCUUGGUGCAGCCAACCUUUGCCUCAUUUCUGUCAUUAUGACUUCUCUUGUUCUUGCAUUGAUUAGAGGGCGCAAAACAUUUGACGACGCACGCUGGUUAAACCUCGGAGGCUGGGCAGGCGAUAUGGUCUUCGGGAUUGCUAUCUUGUGGUCCCUGUUUAUGGCUAUUAUGCUCUGCUUCCCACUCUAUCUGCCGGUCACUUUAACCUACAUGAACUGGAGUUGUGUUGUUUUUGCGGGUGUCCUUGCCAUUUCGGGCAUCUACUGGGCCGCAAUUUUUAGGAGGCAGGCCCCCCUCAUCCAUGACCAUCACGCUGACUACUCUCCCAAGAUGCAGGCGGUGCAAGAUGAGGGAAGCACAAAGAAUUGA